CGCCUGAAGGAUCGAGACUUUCAGAGUUCAGGCACCUUUCCGCCUUAUGUCGCCACCUGCAGUUGAGAGGCGGGUGAUGUCAGCCUUGUCGACGCCUGUACUCCAAGGACUCUUACCGAAUUCGCCUUUCCCAAACAUCGAACCCUUUCCAAAGUUCGCCUCCGGGCACGCCAGUCUCCAUUGUUACGCGCCACAUGGGGUUAUAAGGUGGUGUCCGGUACCAUUUAUAUCUUGUUCUUUCAUCUUUAUCCUUCACCAUGGCUGCGAUGGAUUUCGACGCUCUUCGCGCGCAGACGCUCCGCUCGGGUGCCGACGAAGAGGCCGUAACAGUCAACACCAGAGCCUUGAUAGACAAGGUGUUGGCCCGGUACUCUGGAGAAUGGACUGUUCUCAGAGAACUUCUGCAAAACGCCGCCGAUGCCACCGCUACCAAGAUCAAAAUCAAGUUCGAAACCUUACCCUCUACGACCAUCCCAUCCUUACCCGCAGACGCAUCAUCCUCGACUCGAUUGAGACAUACAGUACAGCACCAUACUUUGAAGAGACUGGUCGUUACAAAUAACGGGACUCCCUUCAGCGAGAAUGAUUGGAAUCGACUAAAACGAAUCGCGGAAGGCAACCCUGACGAGACCAAGAUUGGUGCCUUUGGUGUAGGAUUCUAUUCCACAUUCUCAGACUGUGAGAACCCUUUCGUUUCCUCUGGAAAAGAAGCCAUGGCAUUCUUUUGGAAGAAUAACUCCUUGUUCACGAGACGACUGCAACUUCCAGACUCAGAAACGACUUCAGACACCAAUUUCGUGCUGGACUAUCGAGAUACCACAUCUCCCGUGCCACCAUUGCUCCCUCUGGCGCAGUUCCUGGCGAACAGUCUGACAUUCGUUGGGCUUGAGAACAUUGAGCUCUGGCUGGAUGAGUGGAAUGUCCUCGCUCUGAACAAGAAGACUUCGCCUAGCUACGAUGUGGCGAUCCCCCGAGACAUUGAACCAAAAACUAGCGAAGGUUUCAUGAAAGUUGCCAAAGUCUCUAAAGAGAUUGCACAGAUCGAGGGACAAUGGAUGGCCGUCAUUGGAUGGAAAGCUACAAGAGACAGCAGUCGGUCUACCGACAAGGAUGCUGCGCCAUCUCUACGCAAGUUCUUUUCUCGACUUGCAGGUGCCGUCCUGGAGGAAACUCAGCCCGAAUCCAAACCUGAUCCAGCAAGCGAUACGGAUCUGCUCGCGUCGAAAGUAUCGGCGACCGUCUUUCUCAACGUGAAUACCGCAACUAUCAAGACUUUCACCGGUCAGAAGUUCAACGAGGAGUUGGAACGAGCCACAAAGAAGUCACCUCCAAAGUACACCAAACUUGCUAUAUUGACUGCCCCCUACGUUCCGGACGAGAGUUUGGCCAAGGCUUCUGCCGCUGGAGAUGUUUUUGGGACAGUCUUGCCGGGCAGGGGAGGCAAGAUAUUUAUUGGGUUUCCCACACAUCAAACCACCGGUUUGAGUGCACAUAUUUCAGCGCCAUCAGUCAUCCCGACCGUCGAGCGAGAGUCUAUCGAUCUUAAUGCCAGAUAUGUAAGAACCUGGAACAUGGAAAUGCUUCGUGCUGCUGGCAUAGUAUGCAGAAUAGCCUGGUCUUGCGAGAUGCAGGAGAUCAAGGAGAAGACGAUGCGAGAGGCAAAUGGCAGAUCUAAGAUCCGCAUGGAAGACGUCAACCCCUUUUUGGACGAAGCUAUCACAAUCUUCAAGAAUUUUACAUUCAAAGAGUCAACUCCUUCCUCAUCGAUUGGUCAAUUAUUGGAGGACGCAUUCUGGACGUGCAGCAAGCAAGCCUCCAUUGAUGUCGUCUCGACGUGCGGUGUCCUUCCCACCCACAAUGUACGUCUAGCGCCUAAGGACCUGACUUUCAUGGAGGGCAUCCCGAUAUUGCCUGAAAAGCUUGCGACUGAAGCGAAGACGCUGGUCAACAAGCUUGUAGACUUCGGGCUUAUUACAGAAGUGACCGUCUCGGAUAUCAAGCUGGCCUUGGAAUCGAGUCCACUCACCACCCCUCAAGUCUCUGAAUUCCUCGCAUGGCUCACGAAACAGGCAUCGAAAGGACAACUUGAUAAGGCUACUAUUAAGAGCCUUCUGUCGGUCGCGGUAGCUAAUGAUGAUAGCCCGGAGGAUAAUGCAAGUUCUCUGCUUCAACUUGGGGAGAUACGGCAUUUCAUCAAUCCCAGCAGAACUCCUGUUGGCCUGCCGGUGCCUCCUACAGUCAUGCCUUUCAAGUUCACCAAGAGCAUGAGCAAGCAUGAUCUGGAAAGUCUGGGAUGGGAAGAGCUGCAACUUGUGAUCUGGCUCCGAUGGCUGGUAGUUCAGUCCAGUAACCGCCAGGUCUUGUCGGAGAACCAGGAUAUCACAAAGUCUCCUGAGUUCAGCUCUCAAAUCCUGUCACUUCUGUCAAAGCAGUGGGAUUCUGUCAGUCAAUCGUCCAAGACGACGUUGGUAGAAUUGCUUAGCAAGCUGACGAUCAUUCCCACCAAAUUCGGAAUGAAGAAACCGGAAGAUUCCUAUUUUCCAAAUGUCAAGCUAUUUGACGACCUUGCGACAAUCCAGGGGCUCGGCAAUGUCAAGGAUAAAUUCUUAGUUGCGUUGGGGGUUCGCAAGACAGUCGAAUUGGGCGUGGUUUUCGGAAGACUGCUCGCGCUUGAUCCAAAGUCAACAAAAGGCGACAGCAACGCGAGACCUCAAUGGAGCCACGUCGACCUAAUCCAAUAUCUCGCUUCUGUGAAGGAUGAUAUUCCGGGAACAGACUAUCAAAGACUCAGAACAACACCCAUUGUUCAAAGACAGGUCAGAGGCAAAGAAGACGAGGAUUCAACCAAGCGCUACAAGGUCUCGGAACUGUUCGAGCCGCGCCCUGACUUGCGUGAGCUUGGGCUGCCUGUUUUGGCUUGGCCUGGUCUCUACCGCAGCAGCAGUCCAGAGGGAAAGUUCCUAAGUACGCUUGGUCUUCGCACUACACCUCUCGUGGAAGAACUCAUCAAAAUCAUGUCUGUGGCUGGGACGAAGGGGCCCAACAUGGAUCUUGAUCUUCGGGAUAGAGCUUUGGCAUACUUCUUGUCGCAUCAUCAUGCUUACGGAUAUGCCUCGUUCGAUUACUCCAGUAUCACGAUUCCGUUUUUGCCACUGGAAAAUAAGCCUGACGAACUUGCUACUCCUUCGCAAUGUUUCGCUGAUGCUGGAGCCUCGCUUUUCGGCUUCGACAUUCUGAAGCGUGACUGGAUCCCACAUGCCACAAAACUCGGUGUGAGGCUGAAUCCUCCCAUGGAACUCUGUAUCAAUGUACUCGCCAAACGACCGCCCACAACCUACAAUGAUGCGCGAUCCAUGUUCACCUAUUUCGCCGGGAGAUUGAGUGAGAUCAACAUCAGCACGAUCCCAAGACUGAGAGAGCUGAACUUCAUUCCGGUUUUUAUCAAAGGAAAAGAGAAAUCAGCACCUAAACUACACACUUCUCCUCGGAACUGCUUCCUUGGCGAGAGUGAUGUCUUUGGUGAAAUCUUCCAUUACGUGGACUUCGGAAUGGAAGCGAACGCCUUUCUCAUGAAGUGUGGCACGAAGCCGGAACCCUCGAAGGUGGAAGUUGCCCAGAUCCUUGUCAAGGAACCAGCCCGCAUCUCUGCAACAUUUCGCAAUGCUGAGAAAUAUAUGGCGCUUCUACGGAGUAUGGCUGACAGUGCCAAAGAUUUGAAGAAAAACAAAGAGCUUUGGGCAGAGAUGAAGAGAGCACCUUUCUUGCUUGCCAGCAAGGAACUUGCUGCCUCGCAAGCUCUGACAAGCCGAGCCAGUGGUAAAGAUGAGGACUAUGACCAACUCGAGGAGGACGAGUUGCAAGGUAUCCGAGAAUUCCAGUUGUGUAGUGCUCAAGACGCUAUUAUCAUUGAUGACUACCUCAACUACAAUCUGUUCAAGACAAACAUUCUGGCCGCACCUCAAGAAGAAACGUUGGAGGACUUCUACUUCGCUCUUGGAGCGCCAUUGCUGAGCUCACUUGUGGAGGAAGCUGCUCGUCAUGGUCCAAGAGCAGCUGAUCAGAAACCCGCCGAAAGACUCCAGAAACAGAUAUUGGAAAGAUCGACCUUAUUUCUCCACGAACAGCCUCAUGACACGAUCAAGCAUGACGCCAAAUGGUUGGAGAAGAAUUUGCAGGUUCAGCUAGUGUCUUCAAUUUCGCUGAGAAGAUCUCUUAAAGGCCGUGAUGUCAGCCAUACUGAGAAACGCACUGCCGUUGUCACUGCGGUGAAUCGUGAGUACACAUUGUGGAUCACAGGCGCAAAACCAGAUCUGUACCAAGUGAGUCAGGCUUUAGUCCAUAUCCUGCUCAACAGACCUAAGCUACAUUCUGCCAUCACAUUGGAAAUGCUGCUGAAGACCGAUUUGCUAGAGUUACGUGCUCGUGGCUUUAACGUCGGGCGCAUUUUACGACAGAAGGCAGCUGAGGCUCGACUUGCCGAAAACAGAAGACAACAAGAUCUUGAGGAGCAGCAGAAGCGGAUUCAAGAAGAAGAAAAGGCGUGGCGAGCUUCGCAAGAACAGACUGUCAAGGACAAACCCCAACAGAAACAGCUGCCUGGUGGCUUUCCAGAUUCGCCAGAUAGCAGAGCCCCGACGACUGAUAUGGUCCCUGCCACGCCUACAUUGGACGAUCUUGGUCGCAGAAAUGGCCGCAAUCUUUUCACGAAUCUCUCACGCCAGCUUGGAUUCGGCCAUAACCGGCAGAACGAUCCACCUCCACCAUAUCAGUACGGUGAUGAAACAGGCGGUGGACAUGAGGGCCGGCCAAGCAACAAUGUUGCGGCACCCUACCAGCUCCGGGAGAAUCUGCUCAAUGCCAUCAAGAAGUCCCGCGCUCACAACUCCUCAGCGAUCUUCAGUCCAGGCGAGACAAAUAUCUUGAAUGAGACCAAAUCAUACUGCGACGAAAAACCAGCUCAUGACCUCACCUUCGUGGCGGACAUCAAGCACGGCAUCCAAAUGUACCUUUCCCCGUCUUCGGUCAGCAACUCGUCCGCAUUCCUCCAGCAACAUUCUUCGGGUCUGACGACCUUUGCCACACUGUUGAAAGGAGUCGGUGAAGUCUUCAGCCUUGACCCGCGCACGUUGAACAUCUUCUACGAGAAUUCAGGCAAGACCAUUGGUUUCAAUCGCAAUGGUAGUAUCUUUUGCAAUUAUCGGUAUUACCAGGCUCUGCAUGAGAAGGAUGCCGGCACACCCGAAGGGUAUCGUGAGGCUUUUGUAUACUGGUGGGUUAUUCUGUGUCAUGAGCUGGCACAUAACCUGGUUGGCGAUCACAGCUCCGAGCACAGUUACUACACUGAGGGAUUUGUGGCGCAGUACUUUGGAAGGGUCAUGACUGCACUGGGUCAGCAGUUGCCUGCCGCAGGGUUGCCUGUUCGAGCGCGGCCAACGAGUUCGGGACCGACGCCGCAGGGACCCUUGGUUGAGAUAUAA